ACCCUGUAACAACCGGCACUUUAUUUGAUGUAUUGUGUUUAUCGUAGUGUUUACCACUAAAAUCCUUUUAAAUCUGAAGGAAGCUCAGUUUAUUUUUUCUGUUAAAUAUGGAGAGCCAUUUCUGGAAAAUAUUUACAAUUUCGAGUGCUGUCAAAUUUAUGCUUGCCGCGUCGCCACAUUCCACAGAUUUUGAGGUGCAUCGCAACUGGCUCGCAAUAACACAUUCUCUGCCAAUGAAGGAUUGGUAUUAUGACGAAACCAGUGAAUGGACACUUGAUUAUCCACCAUUCUUUGCGUAUUUUGAAUGGCUCCUCUCUCAGGUGGCGCACUAUGUUGAUCCGCAAAUGCUGGUUGUUAAAAACCUUAAUUAUGCAUCUACUGCAACAAUAUACUUUCAAAGAUGUUCGGUAAUAGUUACGGACUUGUUAUAUUCAUAUGGUGCAUGGCGAUGUCUUCGCGCGUUAAACAUUCCCAAAAGGUCACAAAGGCAUUUUGCAGGAGAAGUGUUGCUUUUGUUCAAUGUUGGAUUGCUUUUUGUAGAUCACAUUCAUUUCCAGUACAAUGGUUUCUUAUUCGGUUUACUGUUCCUAAGUAUUAGCUUAUUGCUGGAGGAGCGCUACUUGCUUUCAGCAUUCACUUUUGCGGUUUUGCUAAAUUUCAAACAUAUUUUUUUAUAUAUGGCACCUGCCUUUGCGUUUUAUCUAUUGAAGUUUUAUUGCCUAGAUGUUGGACGCAAUCCAUUCAUAUCUAUAGCCAAAUUAGGAGUUGUUGGAUUGACACCCUUCGUAGCUUCAUUUGGACCCUUUUAUGAUGAUUUGCCACAGGUUGUAACUCGCCUUUUUCCUUUUAAACGGGGGUUGACGCAUGCUUACUGGGCACCUAAUUUCUGGGCACUUUACAAUACUGCUGAUAAAGUUGCCGCGAGAUUGCUACAUAUUAAAAAUCCAUCAGGAUCAACAACUACCUCCGGAUUGGUGCAAGAAUUCGAGCCAAUCGUCUUGCCGAAUAUCACACCACGCACAACUUUUGUGUUAACGGUGUUAUUCAUGUUACCAGUUUUAAUAAAACUAUUUUGUUUUACAACGAAAAGCACGUCGAAAAUUAAUUUUCUGCGCGCAGUUGUUCUCUGUUCUUGUGCUUCUUUCAUGUUUGGUUGGCAUGUUCACGAAAAAGCGAUACUUAUGUGCCUUUUGCCUUUGAGUUUGCUCUGUUUGCUUCACCCUGCGGAUGCCAAAUAUGCUUUCUGGCUUGGUGUAGUUGGAUAUUUUUCCCUCUUUCCUUUACUAUUUCAAUCAAACUUACUGUUGCUGCGCUACUCAUUGUAUCUGGGUUAUAUCGCGUUCAUGUACGGUCAGUUGGUGCGUCUACACCCGAACUCACCUGAUUUGAAAAUGUACCUUAUAGAAGAUAUUUACAUAUUUGGUUUCUUAUUGCUGCCCGUCUACGAGCAUUUGCUUAGCCCUAUUUUGGGUCUACAAGAGAAACUUCCAUUCAUGCCGCUAUUGCUGACCUCGCUCUAUUGCAGCGUAGGCGUAAUUUCAUUUUUUAUUUCAUAUUAUUUACAUAUGCUAGAUCUAAGUCACAGAAUAUUUUUAAGAUCUACCUCCGAUUUACUAGCAAAAUCAAAAUUGAAUGAGAAACUUAAGGAUAAAGUGAAGUCCAAAGCGAAGUCAAAGCCGAAGGUGCAAUAAACAUAACUGUUGUAUUUUGA